AUGCAUAGUCGAGACAGAAGCCCUUUCAGAUCAAGGCUUCGGCCAUUUCUGUUAGGCCACUGCUUUUUCUCAUCGUUUCUUCUUUUAUGCCAGGCUGAGCUUCAGAGGUCAUGCUCACAGCUUAGUUCUCAGAGACGAGGUGAACACUGCCAGUCGCUGUGCCACUGCAGAUACUACCCACCUCUACCUCCUCCACCUCCACCUCCACUCCCUCCUCGGCUACUCAUCCCCACAGUGGCUGAACCUCCAGUUCUUCUGCUAAGGCCAUGGUGGAUGGACUUCAUUGUGGUUGUGACAGUAGGAUGCACUUCGACUUUCAUUCUACUCUUAAUUCUCCUCAUCUGCUACAAGGCCAUUAAACGGAAACCUCUUAAAAAAGAGGAAAAUGGCACCAAUCGUGGAGAAUAUGCCAUGAGCUGCCGCAAGAAAAACACCACAAAUAACAUUGUAUUGUGA